CUCUCUCUCUCUCUCUCUCUCGCUUUCUCAUUGUUAUACCCCUACACAAGCAAGCCAUGGCAACCUAUGAUUUCUUGCUAAAGUUCCUCAUCACUGGCGAUUCAGGCACUGGAAAAUCAUGCCUACUCCAUCAGUUUGUGGAAAACAAAUUCAAAGAGGGCGCGACUCAUACCAUCGGGGUUGAGUUUGGGAGCAGGAUUGUCACCAUUGGAAAGAAUCAGGUCAAGCUGCAAAUUUGGGACACUGCUGGACAGGAGCGCUUUAGGUCAGUAACGAGGAGUUAUUACAGAGGCGCUGCGGGAGCUCUCUUGGUGUACGAUAUCUCAAAUCGUAACACGUUUAUGAGCAUCUCAAAAUGGAUUGCAGACGCACGGAAACUGGCAGGAGCGGACAUUGCAUUGAUGUUGGUUGGGAAUAAGCUGGAUCUGGAGGAUCGAGAAGUAUCCUAUUUGGAAGCAAGUCGGUUUGCGCAGGAAAACGAAAUGACUUUUUUGGAGACGAGUGCAUUGACGGGUGAAGGUGUAGAGGAGACGUUUUUGAAGUGUGGUCGAGCAAUAUUGACAAAGAUCGAAACAGGCCAAGUAGAUCCGGAGAGACCUGGAUCGGGUAUUCAAUAUGGAGAUUCAUCGUUACGGAGGAUAGCUCAAAAGAGUCGACCUGUACGCCAGAAAAGUCUUUGCUGUUAGAAGUAAGCGGCGUAUUUUUUGAUCCUAGUUGGCACACCAUCAAACUGCUUUUUUUUUUUUUUUUUUUUU